UGCAAGACUAUCUAGAUCCCUCUAAAUAAAUCAUAUAAAUAUAGUUUUUUUGGGUUAUUUUGUUUGUUUAUUUUGUUUAUUUUUUUAUUUUUACAAAAAAACACGACAAAUAAUAUAAUAAAUAAUCUGUGUGCGUACGUGCAAUUGUCAAUGUUUUCUCCAUCCAUUAAAACCACAACUGUUAGAAAUCAACCUGGUGAAUCAACUUGAAAGAGUGUGUGUGUGAUUAAUAACACAAACAUUUACUGUAGGCUGCUGUAUCAACGUGAAUUGAAUAGUCUACCCUUUCACUGCUGAUAUCAGGCCCACUGUACCUGAGGCCUCGAAGCAUGAAAGCCCAGAAAUGCAAAUCGAGCACCCCAGAACCCCAGCCCAUGAGUUCUAAAGCCUUAAAGAGGGAUGAGACAAUCUGUGCCCCCCAGAUCUCCAAUGGUGGUCCUCUCUGCACUCUCUCUGUUAACAGACAUAUCUCCAUUUCCACCCCUGCUAAGGGAAAGGGCUUUGGGAUGACGGUCCCAGAUGGGGCUGUCACAAAGGACACACUCUCCCAGGUUCAAGCAGAGGACCAUUGCUUCAUGUACGGAGGGAUGAGAAAAGGAAGGGGUAAUGGAAAAGAGACAGGGAUGACAAGUAACACAGUGUGUGUUGCUGAGAUAUGAAGGGAUAUGGGAGUUUGUGUGCAAGGGCAUUUAAUUGGUUUUACAUGCUUCAGUGGUGGGAAUGUGAUCAUCUCCUAUCUCAUUGUUAAAUCUUAGCUUUGUGUCGGCUGCAGGCCAGCUUAAGAAUGGGGAUGUUUGCCAGCUAUAUCCCAGCCCCUCCGAGGAAUUAGCUGUAAAGCUGCAGUUAUUUUCCCCCUGCCCCAUGGCAUUUUUUUUUUUUUUACAUUUGCAUGAAAUUAGUUAUUAAAUUGCUAAAUCUUCUCUUCGUCCCAUGACAAAAUAUGUAGAAUUGCAGCAAACUUGCUUUCCAAACCCCUUGGCAAAAUGUGUGGAAUUGCAGGAAAUUAGCUCUCUCCACUGUCAAGAGGGGGCCCGCUAAAAGGUUUUGCUCCCAACAAUUUCACGUAGGGCCCCCAAAAGUCUAGGGCUAGCUCUGACUGCAUGUGUGUGUGGGUAUGGAUGUUGGUAGUCAGCCCCGUGAGCCACUGCAGCCCCUCAUGAUGAGUUGCUCAUACCUGCUCUAUAGGAAGUGAACGUACCCACCAUUUUGGAAACACUGAAUCAGAUUUCUAGUGUAUGAGAAUUGGGUUUCUGUUUUGAUUACUUACUUCCAUCUGAAGAUGGAGAGGAUUGUGGGAGCCAGAGGCUGACAACGAGGAAGAGCAGCUCGAAAAUGAAGAGCACUUUAGACAAUCGGCAGGAAGAGGGACACUCCGUGGCUGGAAAAAGGUCAUCGGAAGAUUCAUCCAGUGACAGCGAUGAGGAUGAGUUUGAGCAGCUGGAUCUGGAGAGGAAGUCACAGCAACACAACUUGACCUCUGUCAAUGUUCGCACCAUCCUCCAUGUGAAUUACCUGGAGUCUCAAUCCGGAGGUGAUAACCAACGAGCAUGUAGUGGCCAUGACGAAAGCAGCCAUCCAGGAGAUGCAGGACCUAGCCCUAUUUAGCAUCCCCACCUGGAAUAUUUCUCCUAUCAAAAGGGCCCUUGAAGUGAAGCCCCCCCAGUUUGUAGACAUCCCUCUGGAAGAGAAGGACGACUCCUCUGAUGAAGAGUACUGUCUUGAUAAGGAGGAUGAGACUGCAGAGGAGGUGAGGAAGAGCUUCAUCUCUGCUCCGUUAGUCAAUAAAUUCUGUUCAAUCAGUCAAAAACCUGUGACAUUGUCGUUUUGGAGCAACGUGGACAUCACAGGCUCAUCGCCAUGCUGUGCCCGAGGGGCACGGCCCAGGACCCCUGGACACUCUGAGUGUGAAGAGGACAGAUUUGACAGUCCCAGACAGAAGCCAAGGCAGCCCAGACAUCUGAGGGUGGAGACUGUUCCUAUGGGGCCCCCGUCCUCCACUGGCCCUGCCCGGCCCCUCAGGGCCCAAGUCUGCACCUUCCUGGAGAAGCUUUACGCAGUGGAGGAAGAGCUGGAACUCAGCCCCAUAUGCACCGAAACCUUCCAGUUCCAGGAUGAUGAGCUAAUAGUGAAUGGGCAGGAUGACGAUGGGCACGAAGAAGAUGAAGAGAGGGAGGAAGCUGCUCCACCCCUGAGCGCUCCUUAAUUCAACGUUCCACAAGCCAUUCGUUAUGAUUCUACCCUGACCCUUUCCCUAUUUCUCUCGGGAAAGAAAGGUCUUUCAAAAAGUGUACCGCCAACCCAGUUUCAGGAGCCACUGGCUAACAUGCUGACAGAGGCAGCAUACUGUGAGGGAGCAGAUGGGGGUUCUGCAGCAGCGGAGAGCUCUCCAGAAGACUCCUGGCCGUUCCACCCCCGUCGUCACAGUAUCACCCCCCAUGGUGCUGCCCCGCGCUCGACCACGCCCAGAAACUCCAGCUGUGGAAGCAAGUCCAACAGCACAUACAGCUGCUGACCCAGGUGAACCGCUGUGCAGACCUGUGGAGGCCCUGCACCACAAGGCCCACACCACCAAACAAUACCUGGUGAGUUACUGAGGCUCGCACUAUCUAUAUAUGCCCUUCUCAAGUCCUAGUCUCUGUGUGCCUUCCACCCAGGAGAAGCUCCAGGCGUUUACCCAGCAUGAGGAGGCGAUCAGGUCAGUCCGGGACCCAGGCUUAAGCAGCAUUUUCAGGGCCUGAAACCUCCAGGGGGCACUGUCUCUGGUCCAGGAGCAGGAGAGCUCUGUCUCGCCAUCCGC